UAUGGUAAAGAAAUUGUCGGUAGCCUCGAUAUUAGAAAGGAAGAGAAGAGCAAGCGAUGAGCUGAGUAUGGACAGCUCAAAAACCAGUGAAACAACAGGCGAAGAUUUAAAAGAUGACGAAGAAGAGAAUGAAGAGGAAGAUGAAGAGAAGUUAGCCUCGUCCGGUUUCGAUCCUGAGAGAUUAAAGGCCUUUAACAUGUUUGUUAGAUUGUUUGUGGACGAGAAUCUGGAUAGAUCUGUUCCGAUAUCGAAACAGCCAAAGGAUAAGGUACAAGCUAUUCUCGAGGCUUGUGAUCGACAGUUUCCAGAAUUUCACGAACGAGCCAGAAAGAGAAUUCGGACUUACUUGAAAAGUUGCCGAAGAAUGAAGAGAACAAAAGAAAAUGGCUGGGAAUCGAUGCGUCCGACGCCUCCGCACUUGACAUCAGCUGCCGCUGAAGGCCUAUUAGCGCAAGCCUGCGAGAACGAGGCGAAUAACGCGAAGAGAAUGCGUAUGGGAUUAGAUCCCGUGCCUGCUAAUCAGACGAUUAAUCAGCCGUCGCAUGCAACAUUGGGAUCAACUGGAGGAAGCCAAUCCGUUGCAAGUAUAUCUCCUCCAGCUCCGGCUAGAGAAGGUAUAAGCGGUGUCGAUAUGACUCGACCUAACGUGUUCAGAUCUCAUGAACUGUCAUCGCCCUUCUCUUUUACGAAUGGCAAUCUGUUCUUUAGACCAGGCUUUCCUACUGCCUACGCCGGCGUUCACCCGCUUGGUCUAGCCCCACCACUGCACUCACUUCAAAAUGUUUCCUCUCCUCCAGGACCGGCAGAUUUAUCGAUGAAGAAACUUGGUAGUGGAAAGAAUGUGUUGAAUUCGACGGAAAUCAAUACAAUUAAGACGCUGAUCGCAGGCUAUAGAGAAUCGGCAGCCUUUUUGGCCCAAGAAGAAGAAGAUGAUGAUGAUGGUGAUGAUGAAGAAGGUGCAGAAAAAGAAGAAGAAGAAGAAGAAGAAACUAAAGAAAAUGGAGAAAAGAAUAGAUUGCAGCAGGAGGUUGUCAACAGCUUGACAGAAAGAACUGUUUUUAAGGAUGAACAGAUUCGAGAGCUAUAUAAUGAAUUCUUGAGUAAUUCGAAUAAUGGCUAUAUGCCACUUGACGCUUUCGGUCAAACGUUCCGGCGUUAUUUUCCAUCAUUAUCAAAUUGGAUGAGUUUCAUUACAAUUGUUAAGGGGAAUAAUGAAUCCGAGGAAGAGAAAAUUGUAUUUAAUUUCCAUCAGUAUGCGAUCGCAUUAAACGCCUUUUCUUGUGCGGAUAUCGAGACAGUACUUGAAUGGUCCUAUGACGUUUUAAGCGGAUACGACGAAGAAGAGGGCGAGGAUAAUCGAUUGAAUUACAAACAAGUUAAAACCGUUACAGAAGCCUUGCGAAGCGUUAUAAACGACCGGGGAGAUGAAAGCAGUUCGAUCGACUUUAACGUGUCGAUUACGAAUGAAUUAACCAAGAACAAACAGGAUGUAGAAAGGGGAGAAUUAACCGAAAGAAUAAUGAACAACUCAUCUCUAAAACCCUAUUUGAAUUUCCUAAGGAAUAGGGAUGAAAACAGAGUUUAA